AUGGCUGCCGAGUUAAAGAAGGUUCCCAUCCCCAGCCGGGGAGUCGACUAUCGAGGCGGCAAAGUCGUCCUUGCGCCCAUGGUGCGCUCGGGUGAACUGCCUACGCGACUGCUCUCGCUGAAGUACGGGGCAGACUUGGUCUGGGGCCCCGAAGUCGUUGACAGAGCAAUCAUUGGCGCCACCCGGCGCGUCGUGGAAAAGUCUAAAAUCGUCGAGUGGGUUCACAAUGCAAACGCUGAGAACCAAAGCCACCCAGGGGAGCGCAUCAUCUUUCGCACAUCGGAAAAGGAAGCAGGGAAGAUGGUGUUCCAGGUGGGCACUGCCGAUCCAGAGCUCGCGGUGAAAGCGGCGCAACUCGUGGCGGCAGACGUGAACGAGAUCGGAGUGAACGCCGGCUGUCCCAAGCCCUUCUCAACCAAGGGAGGCAUGGGAGCUGCGCUGUUACAGACUCCGGACAAGCUCUGUUCGAUAUUGAGAGCUCUCGUCGAGAACGUCGGCUCCAAGCACGACAUCAGCAUCAGCGUCAAAAUUAGGAUACUGGAUACUGCAGCGCAGACGGAAGCGCUGGUCAGGCAACUGUGUGCGACGGGCAUCACCGGUCUGACCGUGCACUGUCGCACUACACCUAUGCGGCCGCGAGAGAGGGCGAUUCGAGGACAGCUGCGCAUGGUCGCUGAUGUGUGCCACGAGGCCGGCGUGGCGUGCUUGAUGAAUGGCGACGUGGCGAACAAAGAUCAGGGUAUCCAGCUUGCCGCUGAAUUCGGGGCGGAUGGCGCCAUGAUCGCCACAGCGGCGGAGAAAAAUCCCAGCUGCUUUCGAACCCAGGCCGAGGGCGGGCUGCUUCCCUGGAAAGAGGUCGUUGAGGACUAUCUAAGAAUCUGCAUGGAGGUGGACAACCGCUUUGCAAACACCAAGUUUCUACUCACGCAGAUGGUCGUCGGCAAAGACCCUGCGUACCAGAAAAUGCAUUCGGCCAAGAGCUACCAAGCGCUAUGCGAGGCUUUCGGGUUCGACCACCUCGUGGAGCAGGCCAAGGAAGUGGACAAGAUCGCUAUUUGCCAACCUCAGCCACAACAAAAGAAGAAGCAGAAGCAAAAGGAGUUCAAGGAGGCGCAGAUCAACAAGAAGCGUGCCAACGAGAACCCAAGUGGACGGGCAGCUGGCGGCGACAUGAGCCGCAACUCCCAGCGCGAGCCACUCUCUGCUCGUGGCGCCUCGACCUCGAAACAGACUGAGACUGCCCCCGUGGCACUUGCUUCGUGA